UAAUGCCUCCAAAAAAGAAAACCUUUGUCAAGAGAAAGAAGAAAAAGGUCACCAAAAAAGAGCCUCAGCAAACAUCAGUUAAUAACAAGAAUCUUCCAGAGCCUCCUAAAGCUGAUUUUGUACCACCACCCUCUAUGCUGAGGGAAAAGAUACUGGCUUUUCUGCAUGAAUUGAAGGAUAAACAGCAGGAGAUGGCUAAGAGAGAAUUGUCAGACAAAAUUCACCAGGAACUGAUAGCCCAGGACAUAAGGGAUCUCAGGCUAGUGUUUGAUAUCACUGACACAAGGAACGCAGGGUAUCUCAGUACAAAUGAAGUCUGUACAGCGCUGCAGACCCUAGGAUUUCUUGUCAACCAUCAAGAGCUGAGGAAAACAAUGAGGAAUUUGAGAAUGUUGAAAGAAGAGAGAGUAAGUUUCUCUGAUUUCCUUCAGAUUGUAAUGGAGCACCAGGGAGAUUCCAGAGACACUUACGAGGAGAUUAAACUGGGAUUUAGUCUCUUUGACUGCGAUGGUGAUGGAAAGAUUACUUUUGACAAUCUCAAAGAUGCUUGUAAAUCUGCAGGUGUCUACUUUUCACACCAGGACUUGCAGGAGAUGAUCAAGAAAGUGGACAAGAAUGGUGAUGGUACAGUUGACAUAGAAGAGUUCAUCAAUCUCAUGCUACAAACAAACUUGUUCUGACUGGUGAACCACCUGGGCAUUUUCAUUCUGCUGGCAUGCUCACUCCCAUGCAAUUUUUAACCAUUUCUCUUUCUAUCUACCUGAGGAUAAACUAGAAAGGACACAGUUAUUUUCAAAAUACAAAUAAAAACUUCACACCUUGUGGCUAGUAAUGCUGCCUCACAGCACCAGCGACCUGGGUUUGAUCCCAGCC